AUGGAUUCUGAAAUUGCCCCACUUGGUGAUGUUAAGGACGAGGAGUCAAAUCAUUUGCAAUUAUUUCAAGAAGUGGAGCACAUUAAUUUUGUGUUUGAUGAUAAAUUCUCAAUGGUGGUUGAGGUUGGAAUCAAGGAUGAUGGAAGAUUGAAACCAAAGAAUGGUUCGUGUCAAGCCAAAUUCAAGUCGAUAACGAAGUCGACAAGAUACCUUCAAGCUCUUAGCCGAGCAAAGGAUGUCGACGAGCAAUUUCAUGGGUUUCAUGUUUGUCUUGGAGUGAAAUUUAAGGUUUUGAUGCACGUCAAGAACUUGGAAGAAGUUUUUGGUGCACCUAGGUUGGGAAACGCUAUUAACACUGCAAAUGUUGUUUACGAGUGGGCUUUGCUUGAAGAUAGACCCGGAGCCCCACUGUUGUUGGGUUGGGAUGGUAAUGGAGAUGAUCAACAAGAGCGACGUCCCGGGUCCAAAAGCUCAGUAAACCAACUUGACAGAUUUAUUAAGAUCAAUGAUUUUGUUGUGGCUGAUGAGGACGUUGUUCUCCCUUUGGGGAAGAACAUCAGAGAAGGUGCUUUGCCGGAGGAAAACAUCCCUACCUAG